AUGAGUGGUGAAAGAAACGGUGUUGCUGAGAGACGACCUGCUGACCCCUCAGCCCUUCGGAAUGUGAUCGAUGACUUAGAGAGCUCACAAGUUUCGCUGAGCUCAAGUGUUGAGAGUAGCACAGCUGAUCAGGCUGGAGGCGAUGGAAACAUGGAGGAAAACGCUGAGAGUCUGGACUAUGAGAUGGAAGACUAUGGCCCGGAUGGGCCGCUGCCCGCCAUUGGAAGACGAAGGGAAGCUCGCAUCUUGGAUCGCUGGAAGACCGAUCUGCAGUGUGAAUGGGGGUGCUAUGACACUUGGUUCCUGGCUGACCCGGGAAACCGCUGGGACAUGCUCAAAUUGUGGGGCUUCCUGGCUGCCCAUCUUGCGGUCCUGCCCGCACCCACGGGCCCAUGCUUGGCCAAACUCAGUCGUGACAAAAUACUUGACUGGCUGGAUCGAGCGCACCCUGCUGUACUUGCAGCGUUACAAGGCAACAUUAAGGGCACGACAGACUCACUGGCGAUGCACAGGUCAGUAACUUCAGGUGUGGUGGAGAGACUGCUUAUAGGGAGCUGUGCCCGCACCUCCACUCGAAACCUGCCGGAUUGGCUAGAGCCAGCUGCGAUGGAACGGAUGGUUCAGGAGCUAAUCCGCAUCUGGGAGACACCUGCUUAUGCCUCUCACUGCCCCCUCAUCUGGACUGAGACGGGCAGAAUGACCUCGACCCUGCGGCGACAAGACUACAUAGACUGGCUAUCGCACCUCGUUGGCCAUCUAAAAUUCUGGCAGCAGAAUGCACAACAGCAGGCGGCUACCAUCCCGAGGAAAAGUCGAGUGCUGGAGAUGACGGUGAUGGUCAUGGCCCCUCGGGUGGACCCCUCAGCAGACGUAGCUACGUCUUUAGUGACUGACGAUCCUGGGACUGGAGAACGUGGAGUCGUGGCGGAGACACUUAGCGGCGGAGCAGACAACCGAGAACGACAGACCGUGGCGGCUGAAAUCGGAUGGCGGUCAGCCGUACCUCCAGACCCAAACUGGGAAAUAACGGCCCGGAAUUCUUGCCAGGGGGCUUCUCCAGAAGAGGGGCCCCCGCAAACGGGUGAGGGACAAUCGGGGAAUUUUUCUCUUAGUUUACCUUUGCAACAACGAGCCUCUAAUUCUAAAGAAGGUGGCGGGCAGCGGGGAGGAGGAGCUAGGGAAGAACUGAUAAAUAUGAUGCGGGUGGAAGUAUCAGGGCCAUUACAAGGGAUGAGGGGACUGCUAGAAGGGGUGGUUGGUGAGCCUAGGACUUCACCACUGUUGCCCUCUCCUGCUCUGCCCUCUCCCUCCUUACAGAGUAUUGGCGAUUGGCAUGCAGACAUCGCGCCUAUGAUGAUAUCCCAGCACUCGGGCAGUGGAUAUCUGCCCAGGAAACCACGCCAAAUGCACCCACAGCUGCAAGGGCGAUUACAGAACUCCCUUUUGCCUGCAAAUCCAUCUGGAAACUGUACUGAGCCUUUGAUUGACACCGCUUUGAAUAUUGUUUCUCUCCCCGGGACUGGGGAGGGAGAACCGUCAACAGGUGCUCCUCAGGCGCCUGAGGAUGAAGAAAGAUCACUUCCUGGCUGUCAUUACCCCCCCUGGUCUAACGGAGGUCGAUGUCUGCUUCGCCUCUGA